AUGGACGACGACGAGAAGCAGCCCGUGGAGGCUGUCGAGGAAGAAACUGGACUCAAGCCCACGUACACGCACUCCAAGGAAGAGGAGCACGACCAAUAUAAUGACAAGACCCCCACGGCAAAGAGAGGACUUGGAUAUUCGGAAGCAGACCUGGAGAAUCACCGGCUUAGCCUGCACCAUGCACAAUCGCAUGUCUCGACGCAUGAUGCUGCCAUAGUUCACCACGACCAUGACCAGCACUUCGAGGCUGGCGACGAAAUAUACGACAAGUUCAGCCCGAGACGAAAGAUGCUCAUCGUCUCCAUCAUGAGCUUCUGCUCAUUCCUAGCACCCAUCAGCUCGACAAGCAUUCUCGCGGCCAGUCCCGAAGUCGUGGCGACAUUCGACACCACCGGAACAAUCUUCAACAUCAGCAACGCUCUCUACAUGCUGUUUAUGGGUAUCUCGCCACUCUUCUAUGGACCUAUAGGUCAGACCUACGGCAGGAAGUGGACGCUAUCGAUUGCCGCUGUCACAUUCACGGCCUUGAGCAUUGGCACAGCUCUGUCACCGAACUUGGCUGCCUACUUUGUCUUCCGUAUGUUAACGGCCUUCCAAGGGACCGCCUUCUUGAUCAUCGGAGGAACGGUCAUUGGGGACAUCUACAAGCCGAUUGAACGUGGCACGGCCUAUGGGUGGUUCAUGUCUGGCACGUUGAUCGGUCCAGCCAUGGGUCCCUUCAUUGGCGGAAUUAUCGUGACCUAUGUGUCUUGGCGCGACAUCUUCUGGCUACAGACAGCACUCUCCGGCUUCAGUACCGUACUCGUCAUCUUCUUCCUCCCCGAGACAAUCCACCGCCGGCGAAGUGACGAGCUAGUCGGCCUCUCCAGAGCAAAGAAAGCCAAGCAACUAUGGGCAUGGGUCAAUCCAGCUAGGGUUCUCUUCCUGUUCAAGUAUCCGAACCUCAUCAUCAUCGGUUUGGCCUCUUCAAGUCUGGUCUGGAACAUGUACUCCCUCCUCACACCGAUCCGAUACGUCCUCAACCCGCGCUUUGGCCUAACCACACCACUGCAGUCCGGCCUGUUCUACAUCGCGCCAGGUUGCGGGUACCUUUUCGGUACCUUCUUCGGCGGCAAGUGGGCAGAUCGCGUGGUGAAGAAGUGGAUCAUCAAGCGCGGUGAGCAUGUCGCGGAGGAUCGUCUCCAUUCCUCUCUCAUCACGAUGGGUAUCGUGAUCCCAGCGUGCAUGAUCGUCUAUGGUUGGAGCAUCGAGAAAGAGGUCGGCGGCAUACCAUUGCCUGUCAUUGCCAUGUUCUUACAGGGUGUCGCGCAACUAUUCUGCUUCCCUUCGCUGAACACCUACUGCCUCGACGUGAUGCAAAAACGCUCCAGCGAAGUCGUAGCAGGCAAUUACUUCAUGCGCUACCUCUUCGGCGCCGCAGGCUCAGCAGCAGUGCUCCCCAUCGUCGACGCAAUCGGUGUAGGUUGGUUCAGCACCAUCUCAGCACUCUUCGUCUUCCUCGGCGCAUUUGGGACGUGGUGUGUAACAGUUUGGGGACGACAAUGGAGGGACGCAAUCGAUAAGGACAAAGAAGGAGAGGACCAGUAG